UUGAAACGAAUUUGCCCAUAACCCGAACGAAUUCGCCGCAAUGUUUGACGCGCAUGCGCUAAUAAUAACCGCUGUUCGUCGUUGUCCCGUACUUUUUCCGGGUUUCGGGUAUUUUGAUUCAACGACAGCUUUUAAUCAUCGUUCCUCGGUCUUUCUCACCCAGGCGCUGUCGUUGUUGACCUCUAGUCAAAGUUACAGAGCGGGAAAAUUCAAAUUCUUUAAUUUGCAAAACUUUGUUUGUUUAGAAUUUCAAGUGACGCUGGAUCCCUAUUAAUCGUAAGCUGUUUUUUUUAUUAUAUUAUUUUAAUAUCUUUAUGAAAAUUGAUUAUUUUUUCAUAUAUGUAAGAAAAAAGUUUACUAAAAUUAAAAUCUAUGUCAUAUAUGCGUUUGCCCAAGAAGCGGACAUCAUUCGCCGUUGAAGCGAACGGGUGUUCGUUUCAAGGGCUAAUGCAAAUUACAUGUUGACAUGUCAACUGUUUUGUGUUCUGGAAAAUACUGCGUAAAUUUCUAUGCACGUCUUGUUGUGAAUAUCAUCUAGAAUAUGCCAAUAUAGAUAAAUACCUUCUGAGCUUAAACCUAAAUAUGCAUUUGUUUAACGACUGCAUCUGUAAACGGACUUUACAGAACGCAAUUUCACUUCCUCUGUGUAAAAUGCUAUAAAUUACUUAAUAUAUUAAGAAAAUAAUUAGGUCUGCCAUACAUGUAACAUUUCAGAUGCCUUACUCUCAAGAGGCCUUAUAUAGUGCUGUGGAAGAAGUGAAGCAUGGGUCAUUAAGCUUACGAGGUGCUUCCAAAAAGUACAAGGUUCCUGUGACAACUUUACAUGAUCACAAGUCUGGAAAAGUCGCACCGGGAGCAAAGAAGGGCAAAGAUCCGCUAUUGCCUAUAGAUAAGGAGAAAGAUUUAAUAAAUUAUGCAAUGCAAAGAGGGGACAUGGGGAUUGGUUUUUCUAAGCAAACCUUUUUGCGUUUUACGGGAGAAUAUGCCGCUUCUGAAGGGGUAUAUUUUAAGGGCCGGGUAGCUUCUGAAAAAUGGUGGCGAGGGUUCAAGGUUCGUCACCCUUACUUUUCAUUAAGGACAGCAGAGUCUACGGCAACUGGCAGACACAUGUCAAUGACCCGCUCCCAUGUAAGUCAUUACUUUAGGGAAUUAAAGACAGUUUUGACUGAUAAUCAUAUCUUAGACAAUUCAUCAUCCAUUUGGAAUAUGGACGAAACGGGGCUAUCAUUGGCACCAAAACCCCCUAAAAUCAUUGCCCGUAAGGGUAGCAAGAUUGUACAUGCUAAAUCGUCCAACUCAAGAGAGAUGAUAACUAUAAUAGCAUGUGGAAAUGCAGCUGGGAGCAUCAUACCACCACAUGUUAUUGUCCCAGGCAAAACAAAGAGAGCACUGCACAGUUAUGACACUGGAAAUGCCCCUGCGGGCACACAGUGCAGCGUCUCUGACAGUGGAUGGACUAAACAGGGGAUUAGCGAGCUUUGGUUCACAGAAACGUUCCUACCAAACAUUGGGCCUCAAAGACCUCAAGUGCUGAUUGUUGACGGCCAUGAUUCACACCACCAUGUUGAACUCAUAGGAGUGGCCAGGAAGGAGGGAAUAGUAAUAGUUGAGCUGCCCAGUAAAACAAGUCACUUUACGCAGCCAUUUGACAGGUCUGUUUUUAAGUCUUUUAAGACGAGCUGGGGGAGACAUGUACAGGACUUUACUUCGCAAACAGGGGUAGCUGUAGGACACUCCCAGUUCUUUAGAAUUAUGACAAAGGCGUGGAACGAUGCCCUCACCAGUAACAAUGUGAAAGCUGGGUUUGAAGCUACUGGUAUCUGUCCUUUCAAUCCAGGCGUCAUACCUGACAUUGCCUACAGUCCAUCAGAACUGUAUGUAGCAACGCCCUUAGAUCAAUGUAAGGAAGAGUGUAAUACAGUGGAGCAAGUCCAUUCAAAUCCUUCCGUAGAAACCGCUGUUUUACCCACUGUUUGUGCUGCAAGCAGUAGUACAUGUACCGAAAAUGAUGUAAUUGUUUCAAUUGACAUAGAUGUACAUGAGAUGGACCAGGUUGUGGACCUACCUGUUUGUUUAGAUGAGAAUGGCAUGAUCAAGGUUCUUGAAGAGCAGUUAGGUCCACAGCAAGGUCCUGACCAAAGUCCUCAGCCAUCUGCUUCUAAGCCUGAGUGCAAUUCGUCAACACUUCCCGAUCAAACUAGCAAUCUAAGGGAGUGCGAUGCAGCACUCGCUUUAUCUGUGGUCGAAUCAGCAAUAACUGAUGAGAAAAUAAACCUGUAUAACAAUACAUACCAAUCAGGCAGCACACUAAACGACUCCAUGUACGAAACCUGGAAAAUGUAUAAAGAACAAAUAUCCCCAAGGCCCAUAACAGUACCUAUUAUCCCUGACAACCCCAUGCUUGUUCUACCUAAACAACAAUAUAAAAAGCCAAUAAAAAAGAAUAAAUACUUUGUAGUUACUUCUGAUGAAUGUUUUAAAGCAAAACUGGAAGAAAAAGUAAAAAGGGAAAAGAAAAUCUCUGAUGCAGAAGACAGGAAACAUCAAAGACAAUUAAAAAGAGAAAACAGAGAAAAGGCCGCGGGGAAAAAAAUAAAAAAAGAGAAAGUUUGUCUAAAGGAGCAAAUUUGAUUUAUUGAUUGAAACAGACAGACUAGUUCUUUUACAUGUUAUAAGAAGGUCUAGAAAAAUGUUUUACUUUUAAUUUGUAAACAUUCAGUUUCUUCAGAGUAUUGAUGGUAUAAAAUGUUGUCUCUAGUUUGUAUUUUGUUUUAUGUCAUCCACUAUGUCUUGUAAUAUCUUUAACUCAGUUUCAGACACAUACGCAGCAAUAUAUUUCACAAGAAAAACAUGACUCCUUAUAACAAUUUCUUCACAAUCUCCAGCAAGUGAACGCAUUUCCCAUUCCUGCAGUUGAUGUAUCACCGUCUUUGUUAUGGCAUGAGAUCUUGAACAUAAUGUUUUGAUGAUAACAUGUAAGGUGAAUAAAGAGUCAUGAUCGAAAUGCGUUUCAUGCCAGAAGAGGUUAUCCAAAAGUUGAUGCGCUACCCACUCGUACUCCUUUCUUCUUCCAUGCAUCUCCAACUGAGCAGGACUUUGAUUAUAUUUGCCAUAACCUUAACAAGAUCUAAACGUUUCUGAUGUAAGGAAAAGUUGCAUACUUGCAAAUACAAUAACAACAUCAUCAACAUUAACCUAAGCUGAAGUAUACAAUCAAAUUCACCUCUUGAGAACA